AUCUGGAUCGAAUGUUGAUCCACGGGUCACGCCGCAAAACAUAUUUCAUUAAAAACUAGAGAUUUAAUUUGAACGAUGCGGCAGCUGACUGUCAAUAACAAAGAAUUUGAUUGGCUGACACGGAACGACGCCGGGCGCUGAUUGGGGGGUCGGAGACAGUUGACAGCGCGGCUCCACCCUCCGCAAGUUAAGGAGCGCGUCUGCUUACUCUGCUUAUGCCGCUAGGGCGCGAGAGCCAGUUGCUGGGAACAUCCCGCAGGGUCCGGUUGAUUUCCCGCGUUGAUUUACGGGGAGCUCGAGGCACGCCGAUUAGCCCGAUUCGAAAAUAAACAUCGAUUAGUUUCGCCAAGAUCGCGAUAUCGCCAGUGCCAGUAGCGCGAGUGUCUUGUGUUGUGGGAUCGAGCGUCAAAACAAGUGACUGUUUCCCAGGUUCACCUAACGACGAACGAUGGGGUUGGCCGGUUGUUACGGAGUCAUCAAGUACCUCCUCGUAUUUGUGAAUCUCAUAUUUUGGGCGGUAGCUUCGGCUACGGUUAUCUUGGCGAUAUGGAUGCUGACUGACCCAACAUUCAUUGUGUCAUUGGCCCAAGAAGAGCACAAUUACCAUGCCGGAUUGUACAUUCUCCUGGCGGCUGGAGUGCUCAUGCUGAUAGUCGCUAUCUUGGGGUGCUGCGGCGCCUUCCGCGAGUCCCAAUGCAUGCUAGUCGGUUUUUUCAGCUGCCUACUCGUCGUGAUUGUCGCCCAGAUUGCAGCAGGAGCCUGGCUCUACAGCAACAGCGAACGCCUGAAGCAGCUCGUCGAGGCAUCGGUUGCCAACACUGUCAAGUCCGAGUACGGAGUGAUCUCAUCUCGUACGGCUACUAUAGACGCUAUCCAAUCGGAUUUGCGCUGCUGCGGCGUAACUGGACCGGCAAACUGGGCUGGCAGUCAGUACGUGCAAAAGGAUCGUGCUGGCGGUAUUAAAAUUGGCGUCACUGCUGACAAUAGCUAUUACCGCGUGCCGCAAUCCUGCUGCAAAGAUAAGGGAAGUCCAAAUUGCCAGGACGCUCUUAAACCCGGCGACGCAAUCGGUUCAGUGAUUUAUGAAGAGGGAUGUUUGAACAAGCUUGUGGACGCGCUUGAGAAACACAUGAGCAUCGUGCUGGGUGUAAUUAUCGGAGCUGGAAUACUGGAGCUACUCGGUCUGAUCUUUGCAUUGGUUCUGUGCUGCGCCAUUGGCUCAUCUGACAGAUACAAAGCCUAAAUCGUAGCUCCUCUAAUGCCAAUCUUCUUAACGUCCUGGAAAUGAAUUACAUUUUUCAGUAGCUGUUUCAUGAUUUCAGUUUGUGCCAAGAUACACGAGACUGACUAUAAAAGUUACUUAUCACUCCUUCCGUCAUCUUGUUAAAAAAACGAAAACGAAAAAAAACAGAGGAAAGCACACGAAAACAACACAUUGAACAUAUUCGAAGACCAAAAAUCUUAACUGCUAUAUUAUCUUAACGAUAACUUAUACACUAAACUACGUAAAUUAUUUAUAUUGCGGAUGACUCUAAUCUGAUUUCGUAUAAACCAAUCGUUUCUGAAAUAUUAUACAGAAAUAUUCAACUCAUACACAUAUACCAGGUGUACCUUAAACUUGAUUGAGUCCAGAAAAUAAUUGCGCCAAGCUCUCUAUGGAUUGAUAUUGAAUUCGCUUUUUUCGUGAGUUAUAGUGUGAUAAAAAUAGUCUCACUAAGUAUUUAGGAUCGAAGAAUGCAAUAAAAUUUUGCAACAGAUGAAGGGUUCAAAUAUGAUAACAUGUCCAAAAAAGUACAAUUAAGUUGGACAGUAAAAAUAACGCGAUACGCCGGAGUCUAGACGUAUGUGAUAGAAGAACUUGAUCGAUUUAAACUUAAGAGCAUCAUCUUCCCUUUGACAGUAAAACAGCUCUUAUACCUAUGAAAGACAAGCUAUUCUAUUUCGUGUAUUCUUGAAAACCAAGAAAUACCUACCGUAAACUUUGUCCAGAAUGGUAUGUCCUGCUUUCUGCUUCGUCAGAACGAGAUAAGUGGGAAGAAACGUUUAAAUGUUUAUGUGUCUAUUGCGUGAAAUCAAAUAUAUAUGUAUGUAUAUACCUAUAUUCUAAAUGGUAAUGAAAGAAAAGUUUAAUGCAUAUAGGUGUGACAACGUAAUAUACGUAAUGUAAUAAUACUCGAAUUAGUAUAUUGCGGAAUCGAUUUCUGUCCUCUAUAUCGAUUGUGUUCAACAUUAUGAGUACCUUUUUGAAUAAUAUUGUUUUCGAGAAAUGUAUUAAAAGCAGAGCACAAUUAUCUCGUACUCUUAAGUAAUAAUCAUGGUGGAAAUGUUACUUUACAAAUCUUGACACCAAGCACUGAGUUAUUAUUGCGUUAUCAAUCUCACUUGUAAUCAGACUAGUAUUUAUUGAGCAACAGAGAAUCGAUUGACCUCUUAAUUUUUAUACUCAUCAAUCUGUCUAUCUCAAAUUCUUUGCGAACACCUUCAUUUACUUUUGUUUUCCUUUUCGCUUUGUAAAAUUUCAUCAUACUUUGAAUCUCAACAUUAAUAAAGCGUUGUAACUUGUGGUGUAUUUAAAUAAGUAAGAUUAUAAUCGCGACAAAGGAUAUUACAAUGUUUAAAAUACAAAUAUUGAAGAGUAAAUUUAAUGAUAUUAUCAUAUAAAAAUUAUAUAUAUAGUAGAGUAGAGAGCAUCUAUUUUACUAGAGCUAUAUUAAUCUAUUCUGUGUAAUAGUAAUAAUUAUAUUAUUCACAUCUACUGAAUCAUCAUUCAACAUAAACAUUUCACGAUUUUGAUAUCGAUAUAUUACAAAGCGAACAGUACAUUUUGGAACCAAAUUAUUUUCUCUACUUUCGAAUUUCCACUACAUUAUGUUAUUAAUGCUGUAUUGGUAUUUCUACUAGAAAGAUUUGAAAUCGUAGAUUGAUGAAAUGAUACGGUUCUAUGCGACAAUUUGCAAAUAAUCUUAUAUAAAUACAGAAUAUUGUUUGGAAUCAAUAAUUUAUAAAUGUUUUUUAACAAUUUACUAAGUCAUAUUUAGUUGGUAGAAGUAUCAAAAUACCUGUCUCUAUUGUUUAGUUUUUAUUAUGCCAAACUUAUGAUAUGUAAUAUAGUGACUAAGUAUUUAGUCCAUUAAUUAUAAUGUAUUAUACAUAUUGAUACACUUAUGUAAUUACCCAGUUAUUACGAAGAUCCAAAAUUGUUUCAUUUAUAAGAAAUUUUUUUAUUACGUCUUUUUGCUGAUAAGCUGUAUCAAUCCAUGAGUGCAGUUUUGAAAAAAUGAUAUAACAAAUUCAUUGUAACGUACCGUUGCCUCGUGAAAACCUAAUUCAUCAAAAUUAUAUUUUCAUAUUUCGAGAAGAUAUAUACGCAUUUCAGUUUGUAUAUCACUAUAUCGUACGUACAGAAAGAGGCUGCGAUCAUAAAUCCGAAAUAUAACUGUUUAUUCAAGUGUA